AUGCCCGCCGUCACCCCCGACCAGUACCCCCAGUUCAUGCGCGUCAGCGCGCACGAGCAGGCCCUCAAGAGCCUGUCCGAGGGCGGUAUCCCUAUCGGAGCCGCCAUCGUCCACCUCCCCACUGGCGACGUCCUCGCCCGCGGCCACAACCAGCGCGUGCAGAUGGGUUCCAACAUCCGACACGGCGAGACUGACGCGCUCGAGAACCUCGGCCGCGUCCCCGAGGGUCUCCUCCGCGAGUGUGCCAUGGUCACCACCCUCAGCCCCUGCUUCAUGUGCUCGGGUACUUGUCUCUUGUACAAGAUUCCUCUGAUUAUCCUUGGCGAGAACGACAACUUUGUCGGCGGUGAGGACCUCGUCCGCUCGCACGGCGUCGAGGUUGUCAACCUCAAGGACGAGGCCGUCACCAAGAUGAUGACCGACUGGAUCGCCAGCCCCAACGGCCAGAAGAUCUGGAACGAGGACAUUGGCGAGGUCACCGUCAAGGCCUAA